UUCACAUCUUGUUGUUAUUAGAUGGAUAAAUUAACUGAUACUUGCUAAAUAAUUAAAUAAUACUUGCUGACACUAGAGUCUCGCAGGCCAAGAUGAAAGGAAUUAAAGGAAUCUGGCUUCAAAAGAAAGAUUGCAGGCUUGAGAAGAGACACCUUCGUUCGAUGAAGGAUACAUUAAGAAUCCUGAGGUGGGAGGGUAUUAUAGAUGUCCACGCGACAGACGCAGUGGCACUGCCAGAGUUAAGAUGUAUUUACACAAGUUCUGAUAUUUGUGGGCUGAAUGUAGAAACACUUAAAAAAUUGCGUUUAUUGGUAGUUUCAAAGCUUUCCAUUAAAGAGGGGGAUCAUCUGAAGUUACCUGAAAAUUUGAUGUGCAUAUUAGCCUCAAUUGAAGCGCAGCACUUAUCAAAAAUAGUGCCAAAUUCCUCCUUGGAAGAACUAAUUCUACAAGGAGGAGAGUUCUGUGAUGAAGAAAUAGAUUCCUCCUUGGAAAAUGUAUGGCAGGAGAUGCCAAGUUCAGGAGGAGAGUCCUGUGAUGAAGAAAUAGAUUCCUCUAAUAAAGAACGAGAGUCCUUCAAUGAAAUAGAUUCCUCUAACAAAUUUCUUCAGGGUCUAAAUAAGUUGAAGCAUUUGUGGUUGAUGAAUUGCGGGUUUUCAUGUGACUUUCCAGAGCAAGUGUGUAGGUUACCGCUGUUGACUACACUCAGAAUUGAUGGCUGUGAUGAAUUGGGACUUAAUAUGGUGUAGAAGUUUGAAAGAAUUGCCUUUCACUUUUAGCAAUCUCAAAUCUCUUGAAUAUCUAUAUUUAGAGGUUUGUGAUAAAUUGGAGUAUCUGCCAGAAUCAUUUGGCCAGCUUACAACUCUAAGAAGAUUGGAGUUAACGGGGUGUAGAAGUUUGAAAGAAUUGCCUUUCACUUUUAGCAAUCUCAAAUCUCUUGAAUAUCUAGAUUUAGAGGAUUGUGAUAAUUUAGAAUCAGAUAUUUGUCAGAAAGAUGACAUCAUCAAAAUUGUAAAGAAAAGUGAGCAUAACUGCAGCAAUUGUCAUGAGGACAAAAACCUGAGGGUUAUAGGAUUAAUGUAAAAUAUUUGACAUUAUUUUUAAAGCAAUAUUUUCAAUCAAAAUUGAAAAAUAUAUUCAAAAUAA